AUGAUCGACGAGGUCCGGACGCUGCUCGCGCGGACGGAGCUGAACCCGCGGGAGUGGCAGGGCUUCCAGAAGCACGAGAAGGCGCGCUACACGCGGAACAUCGUCGCCGUCGACGAGCGCUUCGUCGCGCUGCUCCUCUGCUGGGACGUCGGGCAGGUCAGCGCGAUCCACGACCACGCCGGCUCCGCGUGCUGGGUCAAGCUGCUGAGCGGGGCCCUCGAGGAGCAGCGCUACGAGCCGGAGUUCAGGGACGGCGCCUGGGAGAAGCUCGGCCCCGCGGACCGCGUCGCCUGCGGCGACGCGACCUACAUGGACAACUCGCUCGGGGUCCACUCGAUCGCGAACCCGGACGAGUCGCGAAUCGCGGUGAGCCUGCACGUCUACGCGCCGGCCUUCGAGGACUGCGCCAUCUUC